AUGCCGACGCGCCUGCUCGUUGCGCAUGGCGAGGGCGAGCUCAUCUUCUUCGUCGCCCGCCACCCUCGCACGUCAGACCCGAUGAUGCUCGGCCGGCGCGCCGACUCUGCGAUCCUCGAAGUCCACCGGCACGUGCCUCCAAAGGCGGCAAAGGCGUCGUGGCUGGUGGCGGGGCUGGAGCAGGUCGUGCAGGACGGCGCGCUGUACUUGGCCACGCCGAUCGACCCCCUCCUCCUCCUCCUCCCGCUGCUCGAGCGCGCGCGCGGCGGCGCCAGCAGCCUCAAGCGCGAGUCCAGCGCCGGCCUGUACAAGCCGCUCUCCGAGGCGUUUGGCGGCGACGAGGCGGGGCUCGAGCAGCAUCUCACGCGCCUGAGCGGGCUCAGCGAGCGGCUUCGCGCCAUCUGCGACGUCAACGACAAGUAUGGCGAGCCGAUGGUACGGCUGAGCGACCCGCUCGUGCUCGGCUGGCUGCGGCGCAAGGCGGAGGCGGAGCUUGGCACGGGGCCGGAGGGUGGGGGAAAAAAGAAGGUUUGGGGGGGGGCGAGCCAUUCGUCCUCGUCCGAGUCCUUCGCGCCGGCUGCCAAGGAGGAGCGGCGGCCAGACAAGCCGGCCGCUGCCAAGAAGCCGAAAGUGGCCGAGCCGCUCAAGAAGGGCCAAAAGACUAUGGGUGCCUUCUUCAUGAAGAAGGGCUGA